GAGAAAUGGAGAGACUUUUAUGUGUUGUCAAAAGCUGUAGCACAAUCAAUUAUUACGUUGUGUUUUUUCUACUCCCCUAUUUAAGACCUUCUUUAGCGAACGUAAAUGCACGGCGCGCUAAACCAUGCUUUAAUCACAGUUUCAUGGCUUUGACUCAUUAAACACGGGUCGAAGAUGCGUUCGGACUCGUUAAUCACGUCUCGAGUGCGUUCGACGGUUUUCGUGUUCAUUAAGCAGGACUCGACUAAAAACAAUCUGAAAUCAAGUGAGUGUUCAAUAGUGACGUGGCAUUUAUUUAUCACGAGUGGUUAAAAUAAAGUCCGUUUUGAUGGAGAUGGAUGCAGAAAUUGAUGACAAAGAAGGCAUUCUCAUGGAUCCUCCGCUCGACAUCAAAGAGGAAGUAGAAACAGCAACUACCAGUUUGCUUCCCGUAAAAUCGGGAGGACAGUACGAGCGCGCGUAUAAGCAGUUUAUGGACUGGCGUCGUGAAAGAGACGAUAAUUCUUUCUCUGAGAAUGUCCUGCUCGCGUACUUCCAGAGACUUUCUAAAAAUAUGAAACCAUCCUCCUUGUGGGCGAUUUACUCGAUGCUGCGAACGACAAUAAAUCUAAAACACAAUAUUGAUAUAAAAACCUAUACUAAGUUGUGUGAAUUUUUAAAACGCAUGUCAGCUGGAUACAAACCUAAAAAGUCAAAAAUUUUGACACCCCAGCAAAUUAAAGAAUUCUUAUCAACUGCGCCAGACGAAAAAUACCUAUUUAUAAAGGUGGGAUUAAUUUUUGGAAUAAUGGGGGCUUGCCGGAGAGACGAGUUAAUGAAAAUCGAGGUAAAUCAUGUUGAAGAUCUCAAGUCCGCACUUCUAGUUCACAUUCCUGAUACAGAAAGUAAGCCUGGACGUCAGUUUGUUAUUGGUGGUAAUUUCUAUCACAUUUGCAAAAAAUACAUGGAUCUUCGUCCUCCACAACUAGUAAAUGUUACACGUUUUUUCCUGAACUAUCAACGAGGGAAGUGCACGAAACAGCCCAUUGGAAUAAAUAAAUUUGGCACUCUCGCUAGUCAAGUGGCGACUUUUCUAAAACUGCCCAAUCCGACUUGUUAUACCGGUCAUUAUUUGAGACGAGCAUCGGCAAAGCGCCGUGGAGGAUGGCGUUCAACCUCAGUUGGAGAGAGCUAUACAGACCAUUCUCUAAAUAAUAAAAAUCAAACUGGCAAUAGAAUCUUGAAUAUUGUAGGAAAGGCUGAAAAUGUUAACAAAGACAACAGUGAUAACGCUGAUAAUACUAAUUUUGAGAUAUGUGGGUCUGCAGUUAUUAAUUUUGAAGUUAGUGAAAGUACAGUACAAACUCUAAAUCAACCAGCUGAAAAUGAAACAAAAUUUGACUGCAAAAACUUGGGGAAAGCAACGAUUUCUUUUAAUAAUUGCCAAAAUUUCUCCAAUGUGACCAUUAAUGUCUACUUACCUAAGUAAAAAAAGUUACAAAAAUGUGUAAUGUUCCUAAUGUCUACAAUUCCUAA